AGGCCGCGCAGAAGAGCGCGCCUGCGGCUGGCCCUCCCCCAGCUCUCACCGCGUGAGCCCGGAACCCGUCGCCCCGGCUGCUUUGGUCGCCGUGGUAGGUCGUCGUCAUGGCCUCUCCGUGGGAUGAGCUGACCCUUGCCUUUUCUCGCAUAUCAAUGUUCCCCUUUUUUGACAUCGCCCACUACCUGGUAUCCGUGAUGGCGCUGAAGCGUCAGCCGGGAGCUGUGGCGGUGGCGUGGAAGAAUCCUGUUUCAAGUUGGUUUACUGCUAUGCUCCACUGUUUUGGUGGAGGAAUUUUAUCCUGUAUAUUGCUUGCGGAGCCUCCAUUGAAGUUUCUUGCAGACCACACUAAUAUAUUACUGGCAUCUUCAAUCUGGUAUAUUAUUUUUUUUUGCCCACAUGACCUAGUUUCCCAGGGCUAUUCUUUCCUACCUGUACAACUUCUGGCUGCAGGAAUGAAGGAAGUGACCAGAACUUGGAAAAUAGUAGGUGGAGUCACGCAUGCUAAUAGCUAUUACAAAAAUGGCUGGAUAGUCAUGAUAGCUAUUGGAUGGGCCCGAGGUGCAGGUGGUAGCGUUAUCACAAAUUUUGAGCAGUUGGUAAAAGGAGGUUGGAAACCACAAGCUGAUGAAUGGCUGAAGAUGUCCUACCCUGCCAAGGUAACCCUGCUGGGGUCAGUUAUCUUCACAUUCCAGCACACUGAGCAUUUGGCAAUAUCAAGGCAUCAUCUUGUGUUCUUCUAUACCGUGUUUCUUGUGGUCACAAAGAUAGUCAUGAUGAUUACAGAGACUGCCACCGUGUCUUCUGCUCCUUUUGAGGAUGCAGUGAGUCGGAUAUUGUUUGGCUGGCAACAGCAGAUCUCUCCACAUGAAAAGAAAAAUGAAAUAAAAUCGCCUUUCAGAAGUACUGAUUCAUCAACCUCAAAAUCUAUAGCUGGUAAUUCAGAUAAAGUUAAAAAGAAAGACACUAAGAAGACUGAGUAAAUUUACUUGAGUUUUAGAAGGCCAAAAAAUUUCUUAUCUACCUGUCAGAUUGUGAUAAAUAUUUCUAUUGUAAAUGAUGUGAAAUAAAGAUUAUAUAUAAGGAAUGGAGGUGACAAAAAGAAAGAGCUUCUUUCUAUCUCAGAGAUACUAUUCCUUUUUGGAUUGUAAUUCUUGAGUGUUAUGAGUGUAUCAUGUGAAAUUGUUUUUAUAAGUUAUAUAAAAAUAUUCU